AUUUGGGCCUCUCUCUUCCUCUUCCUUUCUGCUAAGACGCAAUUGUAUAGAUCUCUAGAAGUAAAUGGGGAAACACAUCAACACCUGUUUGGUCAGAAUAUUUGACGGUGAUCAAUCGGAAGCAGGGGACGCAAUUGAAUAGAUCUCUAGAAGUAAAUGGGGAAACACAUCAGGACCGGUUUGGUCAGAAUAUUUGACGGUGAUCAAUCGGAAGCGGGGAACCGGUGGGACAGCUCCAGAUUUAAAGGAAAUGCAGCGAUGGCAGGGAAGACUGUAAUACUAACAGGUGGCAACACUGGCAUUGGGAAAGCCACUGCUCUGGAGCUUGCCAGGAGGGGUGCAAGAGUAAUCAUGGCAUGCCGCAACCAAGAGAAAGCUGAACUUGCUAUAAGUGAUAUAAAAAGGGAGACAGGCAGCACUGAUGUGGUGUACAUGCAGUUGGACCUGGGGAGCCUUCAGGCAGUGCGUUCUUUCACUGAGACCUUCCUGAAGACCGAGGCUAGACUGGAUCUGCUCAUUAAUAAUGCCGGUCUUGUGGCGGAUGGGCGCACUGCUGAUGGCUUUGGUAUUGAGUUUGGGGUCAACCACCUUGGCCACUUCCUGCUGACCUGUCUGUUGCUGGACCGCCUGAAGGAGGGCACUGGGGGCCGUGUAGUCACACUGGGAUCCAUGGCCUAUCGCUGGGGCAACAUCGACUUUGAUGCCCUUAUCACUAAUAAACACCUGGGCACUGGGAGGUACAGCUGGCAGUUCUUUCACGCGUACUGCAACAGCAAACUGUGCAAUGUUCUCUUCAACCACGAGCUGGCCAAGAGACUGAAGGGUACCAAUGUCACUUGCUACAGUGUUCACCCAGGAGUAGUGAAAACAGAGCUAUCCCGAAACUGCAGCCUGUGGCAGAGAUUCAUCAUCGAGCCAAUAGCUAGACUGUUGUUCCUGGAUCCAGAAUCCGGUGCCCAGACCACUCUCCACUGUGCCCUCCAGGAGGGUAUCGAGCCUCUGAGUGGACGCUACUUCUUCUGCUGUGCACCGCAGGAAGUGGUUCCCAAAGGCAAAGACGACGCUGUGGCCAAGAAGUUGUGGGAAGUUAGUGAACGGCUGAGCGGUCUGUUUUAGGAAAAGGGGGCAAUGUUACACACUGUGUAAAAGACUGCUUACACUGCUUUUGAUUUGGUGGUUUUUAGAUCUGGGGGAAAAACGCUAAUUGAACACUCAUCAAAAUGGAUCAAUGUGACAAGAAACUGCUCAUACAUUAGCUGAUCUCCUCUUUCACUACACCAUGCAUGUUGGUGACAUCCUGUUUGUGGUGUGUCUUGUAUUGACGAUAAUCAGUGUGCAGUAAGUGUGCCUGUGACAGUUAAAGGUCCAAAGACUUAGGAAGCUCUUGUAGAAACUGUUUGACUUAUUAUAAUAAAAAGAUUCCAAGUGA